CUUUAAGAAGAUAACACAGGAGAUCACUCGUUGUUCUUCUCUGAAGAUGAUCGAUUCCUCUCUGAGUUCUUUGGGUGCAGAAGUUGUCGUCGCUACAUCCAGCGAUAAUAAUCACCCACCAGAAAACAUUAUUGACGGAAACACCAACACGUUUUGGAUGUCAACCGGGAUGUUUCCUCAAGAAUUCAUCAUUCGCUUUGCUCAAUCGACUCCGGUUUCUGCUGUGACGGUGGACAGCUAUAAUGUCAAGCAUCUAAAUAUAGAAAAGAACACCUCACAAAAUGCCUCUCAAUUUGAGUUUGUUACAGAACAAGAAUGUAAACAUACGGAGGGACAUCUUCAGUCAAAUACUAUUUUGCUAAAUGGAAGCAAUGCAACCCACCUUCGUUUUGUCAUCACUUCGGGAUAUGAUCACUUCGUCUCAGUGCACAGAGUCAGUGUACAGACAUGAUAUUUGUGAAUUAAAGACGUGCAUGUAUGCAUGUAUGGUUUUAUGGCAUUGUUUGAUCAUUGGAAAAGGGAGUAGAUCUCAUUAUGGUAUGCUGUUUAGAUAACAUGCACACACACUGGUAUUUCUUCCCCUGUGGUUGACAGCUGUCCGUAGUAACUUACUGACAAGCAUAUUCUAUGAAUAUUCAAUUAAUGCAUGUCUAAACAGAAUUAAUUCUAUCAUCUCAAUCUUAUCAGUGAGGUUGCAAUUGCAGGGAAAUCAUUUAGUUAAAAGCAAUAGGGAAUUUUCAAAUCUGCAAUUAGCUAGAACACAUUUUCUGUAGUUAUGCUUAUUUAAUGGUACAGUUUCCCUCACGGGGCUUUUUAUUGCACAUUCAACUGUUCCUAGCUAAUUUCACAAGCUGAUAGUUGGCAAAGCUUUGGAAUGAAAGAGUUGAAUUGUGAUGAAUGGUAGAAUUACUUACAAAAUAAGUUUCUCUCUCUGUGAGAGAUUGAGUUAAUUAACAAAUCCUGAGCAGUUUGGGCCUAAAAUGGCAUUCGCACAGCCCCCCCCGUGAGCAAGAUUUGACAUCCCCAUAGAAAUGAGAAUGCAGCUGGGGGGUUGGGCAACCAGAUGGUUUCCCAGCCAACCUGCAAGUCUCUGAAGACUGCAGGCCUAUUCACACAAAAUACUCAAGCCACCUCCUCUACUAUCUUACGCACACUCAAACUGACUGCAACUUACCUCUAUCGCCAUUUCAACUUGUCGGUAGGAAAAGGUUCAGUAGUGUGCAAAGACCCUUUGGGACUCCCUCCCCAAUUACUUUGCUGACUAUCGAGAAGCAUAGGGAUUUGCUGAGGCGAUUUGCUGUGCCUUUGUCUGCAUGGAGGGCUUGAAAUAAACCAAUAAAAAUAGGAAAUAUAUGCCUGAAUAACCAGCCCCCUGAUAUUGUAGAGCAACUAAUUGCUUAGGGGUAUGGCUGGGAUAGAGCACAUUUGAGUAUGCAAGUGUGUAAUGAGUAAUGAGGGCAAGGUAGAAACUGAUUCAGUGUUAUUGACUCAUCUAUUAUUUACAAGUAUGGAGUAUCUAUUACAACGUUAGAAGUGAGGGUCGGGCCAUCAAAUGAAGUGGAAACUCUCAUAGUAGGCCAAUUAUAUAUCAUUUCCACAAUAGUUUACAUUGUGAAUCUGUUACAUCUGUUUGCUGUAAAUAUUUAGGCAGAGAUGGCUUUUUUGAACAGGUUUGCAAACCCGCCACCCCAUUACUAAUGAAUUCAGGCCCUUUUGUGCUUGACUGUCAGCCGAUCAGGAGAAUCACAGCAGGAUAUGAGAGCAUUAUUAUCAUGUCACUGCAGGGCUGGGCUAAAUUAUCAACCCAUGUCUUCUGACGGCUGCCUAGCUGCUUACAAAUUGCACCGGGGCAUCUGCUGGACCAAAACCCUGUGUAUUCAGCCAAGUCCAUACAAAGAGAUGCAUAUCAAUACCUUUCCAAACCCCCACAUUGCCUCUGCAACACAUUAUUCCAAAUGGUUAUUUUUAUGAUAAAGAUUGAAGAAAUUGAAAGCAUUAUAAUAUGCCAUUAAAAUCUCCGUUAAAAGAUUCUGCUGUUAAAGUGCAUUCAAUAUGCAUAUGCACAUGACAC